AUGGGUGCUUCUGUAAUCGAGGAAACCAAGGUUACAAAAAUCCGAGUUUUCAAGUGGAAUGAGAAGCUGCGAAACAAUCGUCAUCUAGUCUUUAUGGAUCAAGGUCUCUUUCUUUUGAUCACCAAGAGCUACUUCAACAAUGGCGGCACCGUUCAAAUCAAGAAAGGACUUUCUGAAAAGGCUAGCUUCUUUGAACUCGCUUCUUUGCUAUCACCCGACGCCAUCAAAUCUACGGUCACCCGCAUGCUUUCCUCCUCUGCCCAAUUCCGUCCUAACACCAUUCCUGCCUUGGCGCUUCAAAUUUCCGACCAACUUACCACUAGCUUUCGCUUUCAACGCCACACCCGAUCAACUGCCUCCAACUCUCCUAUCACUGUCGUUGUUGCUGAAAUUUCAAGAACUCUGACCGUACAGAAUGAUAUGGAUGUGGAUUUCACAAGCAUUGUGUCCAUUCUGAGGAAUUCCGUGGCUGUGCAAAUUUUACCACCCAAACCCAUCGCUGUCGACCAACCCAUUGGCCUUGUUCAAGUUUUACCUGAGAAUGCUCUGCCGAUUGUUCAUCCGUUUGCAGAUGGCCUCGGCGACAUGGUGGGUGCUUGCCCUAUUUGCUUGAGAGAUUUUUCACUUUCUGCUUCUGAUGAUGUCAUCUUGAAGACACCUUGCUCGCAUCUCUUCCAUGGAAAAUGCAUUAGACGGUGGCUGUCUAGGAGCCUUUCUUGUCCCAUGUGUCGAUUUCUGUUAACUUGA